AUGUCAUCAUCGCCCGCGCGAACCGCGGCCAGCACAGUCAACAAAGAUUGGGUUCUUGUGGGGUUCUGUGCGGUGUGUUGGGGCGGAUCUGACUUUAAUUCCGGGGGCCGCAACGAGCGCCGCCUGCAGUCGAAGAAGCACCGCGGCGCCGCCCCCACCGGCCCGCUCGGCGGCGAGGAGCCGCCGCCGCUGUUCGGCGCAGACCACCUAGACCGCCUGCGCAGCAGCGACGGCGGCGGCGGCGGCGACGGCGCCGCGCGCCCCGACGCAUCCACGGGUGGCGAGGAGUUCGAGGCCGGCCUGGUCACCCUGCGCCGCGAAACCUCGGCCGCGAGCUUCAGAUCGCAGGGGUCCGAGGAUGAGGCCCAGAUCACGGAUCAGGGCACAGACACUGUGACCGCGGACAUCCGGGCCGGGGGGCCGGCCAAGGUGGCGGCGCGCGGCGGCGGCGGCGGCGGUGACGCGCUUGCCAGUAUGAGCAGCUUGGAUGAUGACAGCGAGAGCGAUGGCCCAAGCAGCGGGGACCGGGAGCGGGGCGCCGCGCUGAUGGGGCUGGGCGGGCCCGAGGCGGCGGCCGCGGCGGCGGCGGCUGCGGGGGGCGGUAUGCUGGACACGUUGAACUUCAACCUGAUUCCCGCCAAGGAGUUUGGGCUGCAGAUGCUCAGGAUGCCCAAGCGGGUGUGGUUGGCGUCACUGGGUAACCUGGUGACACUGAAGGACCCUCGGAAGCCCUUUGUCGAGGCCUUUGCUGACAACCAGCUGCUGGGCUUCACGCGUUACUACACCAUCAUCCUGGAGCACUCCAAGACCAGCAUCGCGGGCGUGCUGCGCGUUUUUGCGCGCAACGGAACGCUGCCGGCGCUGGUGCACUGCGCGCACGGCAAGGACAGGACGGGGGUGGUGAUCAUGCUGCUGCUGGCGGCGUGCGGUGUGCCUCAGGAGGUCAUUGUCGAUGACUACAUAGAGAGUGAGAAGCAGCUGCGCGCCUACCGGGAGUCCCUGGGCCUGCCGCCCGCCCUGUGGGCCACGGGCGCACCCAUCCCCCUGAGUGACGUCAUAAUCGCUUCAACGCAGGAGACCAUGCGCGCCCUGCUGCUGUACCUCGAGGAGCGGUACCCCCUGGGCGCUGACUCAUACCUGGAGAGCUGCGGCCUUACCCCUGCCGAAAUCGACGCGAUCCGGGUCAACCUGAUGACUCAGGAGGCCCUCGAGGCAUUCAAGCAGCAGCGCGCCGCAGGCUGGCGGCACGCGCCACGCGCAGGCGCAGGCGUGGCAGGCAGCGGGGAUGGAGGGGACACAGGCGAGGCCGGGGGGCAAGAGAGGAGCGAGGAUGGGGACGACGGCAUCGGCAGCGUGCGCACCACACCUGCUGCUGCGCGCUGCACGUCCCCAUCCCCACACACCUCGAGCGCAGCGCCUGCCCUGGGCGACCCUGUGAUUGCCUACACUGAUUUGUAUGGCACGCCCAACAUCUCGGACUCUGCAUGGCACGACGACACUUGGGCGUUCAUGCAGUAUGGCCCCAUCACGGCGAUGAGCAUGUACUACUCUGUCCCCUGGCACGACCCCUACAUCGGCUGGCAUCCCGGGGGCGAGUUCAAGGGCAUCCAGCCGGUGUACGGCACCAAUGGCACCAACGACCAAGACCUGCUUUUUGGCGCCAGGAGGCCCCACAAGCCCUUCAACUUCACACUGGAGCCUGGGGAGGAUAUCACGCGUGUGGAGCUGCAGCACGACAGCGUCAUGCGGUGGAUGGCGUUCACGACGUCCCUGGGCAACAAGUACGAGUGGGGCUACCCAGGGGAGCCCAACGCGACAGACGUCGUCCUGGACGCGCCCAGGGAGGGCGCUUACCUGGCGGCCUUCCGCGGCUUUGAGGGCAAGCAGCUGCCCCCGGAGAUGGGCGGGUACACCAAGCGCUACAUCAUCCAGAUCGGGUUUGCAUGGGCGAUGCCGAAGUGCAGCGGCUACGAGCCAGCUGGCGGCGCGGCGGCGGCGGACGCCUCGGGGCCGGCGCCGGUGCUCGCGCCCGUCGUGCCGCUGGGUAUCUCGCCGUCGCCGCUGACGACGCUCGCGCUUGAAAUGGCGGAGCCCCCAUCGGCGGACAAGUUGGCGGCGCCUGCUGCUGCGCCCACUGCUGCGCCGGCCCCUGCGCCGUCAGCACCCGCGCCCGUUCCCGCGCCAGCUGCUAAGGUCGCCAACGCGGCUGCUGCCAGGCAGACGCCUGUGGCCGCGAUGGCGCGGAUCGUGCAAGCCGUGUCGCGGCUGGCGGGCCAGUCGCCGCACGUGCGGCAUGCAGCUGCCGCGGGUCGCCGCUGA